AUGAGAAUCCUUCUAUUCCUAUUCCUGAAUCUCGUGAAUUAUUCCAAUGCACUCACUUUUCGUACAAGGGGUGGUCGUGAAUCGAUUGUGGUGAGAAUAAUUACGAUAGAUUUGGAAGCACGGCUCACAUGUAUGUAUGAGACGCUUGAAAAAGAGAUGAUGCUGGAAUUACAAGCCGAUGUGACACCAUCUUCGAAUGCUCCUAUAUCGAUGCGUUUAACGUCUCCUACAGGAGCGUUUUCGGAAUGGUUGGAAGGGAGAGGUGAAGUAAAUUUCCGGCAUAUUACCACCGAAGAUGGAGACUACGAGAUUUGUAUAAGUUCUUCUAGAAAUAUACGAGUUCUCCUAACCAUUUAUUUUAAACAUCCUGAAAAAGUAGGAGAUACAUUUGAAGCGGAGUUGAAUGCUAGUCUAAUUAAUAGGAAUUUGGAGGAACUUAGCCGUUCAAUGGGAGAUCUCAUUUAUAAGAUUUACAACGCACUCCGAUUCUACAAUUUGGUUACCGUCAGCGAUGAAGCAACGCAACGAUCAAAUUCCUAUUAUAUUAAAGUUUAUGUGAUUAGUUUUUGUAUUGCAAAUAUUAUUGUUGCUAUUCUUCAAGUCGCUAUUGUUCGACGAAUGUUUCGAGUAGACAAAUCAAGGAUUCGUAUUUGA